UCAAACCCCGUCCUCCUCCGCGUGCGUAUACAGACUAGUACCCUAGUACUAGUAGUAUAAUAGAGGCAAUAGAGAGAGCGGCCGCGCAGCGCAGCACAGCAGGCAGGCAGCUUCUCCUCCUCGUCCCGCCUUCGUCUUGUUGAUCACCGAUCGCUCCACCCUAAACCUAACUUAAAUAGGAGAAGCCGCCGCCUCUCUCUCCCCUCGAUCAUGGCUUUCUCCUCCGAUCGCUGUCCAUCUCUCAUCCCUCACUUCCUUUACUCCACCAAAACCCUAAAUCAAAUUUCCCCCACCCCCACCCCAACCCCUGCUUCUGCCCCUGUUCCGCCUCCCACCUUCAUGAUUCCCUCCCCCGCUGAGCCCCGCAAGAUCGAGAUGUACUCUCCUCAGUUCUACGCCGCCUGCACCGCCGGCGGUAUUCUCAGCUGUGGUCUUACUCACAUGGCCGUCACUCCACUUGAUCUCGUCAAAUGCAAUAUGCAGAUUGAUCCUGCAAGGUACAAAAGUAUCACAUCUGGUUUUGGGCUGUUGCUCAAGGAGCAAGGAAUUAAAGGUUUCUUUAGAGGCUGGGUGCCUACCCUACUUGGUUACAGUGCUCAGGGUGCCUGCAAGUUUGGAUUCUAUGAAUUCUUCAAGAAGUACUACUCUGAUCUUGCCGGACCAGAAAAUGCGACUAGAUACAAGACACUAAUAUAUCUUGCUGGUUCUGCAUCCGCUGAGGUGAUUGCAGAUGUAGCUCUUUGUCCGUUUGAAGCUGUAAAGGUUCGUGUUCAGACCCAGCCUGGCUUUGCUAGAGGUUUAGCUGAUGGACUUCCCAAGUUUGUGAGAUCUGAAGGUGCUCUUGGGUUGUACAAGGGUAUAGUUCCUCUUUGGGGCCGCCAAAUCCCAUAUACAAUGAUGAAGUUUGCCUCCUUUGAGACCAUUGUGGAGCUUAUUUAUAAGCAUGCAAUUCCUACACCCAAAAAUGAGUGCAGCAAGCCCCUCCAGCUUGGUGUGAGUUUUGCAGGAGGAUAUGUAGCUGGUGUUUUCUGUGCCAUUGUGUCUCACCCAGCAGACAAUCUUGUCUCGUUCUUGAACAAUGCUAAGGGAGCUACUGUUGGCGAUGCUGUAAAGAAGCUUGGGCUGUGGGGUCUGUUUACUCGGGGGCUUCCUCUUCGUAUCGUCAUGAUUGGAACUCUUACAGGAGCACAGUGGGGGCUAUAUGAUGCUUUUAAAGUUUUUGUUGGGCUGCCAACUACUGGUGGUGUUGCUCCUGCGCCAGUUGUGGCUGCCCCGGAAGCAGCAAAAGCAUAGCCAGAUGCAAAGUUUGAAUAUAUAACGCAUUGAAACCUUCUCCAAAGUGGGGUUGGGGAAUAAUUAUGGAAGCGGUUGAUUUGCUUGCUUGCACCUUGAGGUAAUGAAUGAAUAGGGGUAUUCUUUUCCAGUUUAAACGAGACUUUGAGAGAGCAGCAUGAGGUAAUGAAUGACUAGUGGUAUUUUUUUCCAGUUUAAAUGAUACUUUGAGAGAGCACUGGAGAGUGCCGAAAUGAUUUUUUUGUUAGGAACCGGUUGACUGACUGGUAAACAAUUAAAAAUAAUUCGGAUGAAAAUGUAAAACAUUGCCAGUGAAGAUUUACAGUUGCCUUUGGGCUGCAGCUGAUGAAUCAAAUGAAAUAUUUGAGGGUUUUUGUU